GACUCGGCCACGCGCAUGGUCCUCCCCGAAGGACAGCUCUUCUUCCUACAAGUGCAGCACAGCCGCCGGGAACAGGACACGGGACUCUACUGGUGCACGGCAGCCAACGCGCUGGGCACGGCCCGGUCACGGAACGCCAGCGUCGAGCUCGCCGUGCUUCGCGACGAGUUCCGGCAGCUGCCCAAGAGCGUCCACGUGGCGGCGGGCGAGUCGGCGACGCUGGAGUGCGUGCCUCCCAGGGGCCACCCCGAGCCCACGGUCACCUGGUUCAAGGACGGCGUCCAGGUGCAGCCGGGCACGGGGCGCGUCCGCCUCCUGGCCCAGGGCGCGCUCCUGAUCGCCGACGUGCGCCCCUCCGACCAGGGGCGCUACGUGUGCCGGGCGGCCAACAUGCUCGGUACCAGAGACUCGCCGCCCGCGCUGCUUUCGGUGCACACGAAGCCCUACUUUGUCCGAGUACCGGGAGACGUGACAACACUCGCAGAAGAAUCUGUUCAGUUCGAGUGCAAAGUCAACGGCGACCCCAAGCCGACGGUCACCUGGAGGAGGCAGGAUGGAAAGAUGCCCAUUGGAAGAGCAUACGUUCAAGAGGACAAGAGUCUGCACAUCAAGAAUGUCGUUCCCGCAGAUGAGGGAACAUACAUUUGUGAAUCAGAAAAUAUUGUUGGCUCAGCUUCUGCUUCAGCGACACUUACUGUGCACUCACGUCCGAUAUUCCGUCUCACUCCCCAGGACCAGAAAGUGGGGCUCAAUGGUGUCGCCAAGUUUGACUGCCUCGCGACAGGCAACCCACCACCCUCCGUGUUCUGGACCCGAGAAGGCAACCAGGUGCUGAUGUUUCCGGGCAAGUCACACGGUCGCUUCUCGGUCAGUGACGGGGGAACGCUGACCAUCACCGGCGUGCGUAAGGAGGACCACGGCUACUACGUCUGCUCGGCUUUGUCCGUUGUUGGCUCGAGCAUGGCUAAAGGUCAUCUGGAGGUCAUGGCGCUGGCCGACUUUCCGCCGCCGAUCAUACGACUGGGUCCUGCCAACCAGACGCUGCCGCUGCACACGGCAACCCAGCUACCGUGCGAAGCUGCCGGAACGCCCACACCUUCCGUGCAGUGGCUGUACAACGGGUCUCCGCUGAGCUUCGAAGAUCGGCCCCGAUUCACGCAGCUAGAGUCUGGCAUCCUGCAGAUACAAGACCUCCAGUUGGUGGACAGCGGUGCAUACACGUGCAAAGCUUCAAGUGAAAGCGGCGAGACAUCUUGGACUGCGUCUCUCACUGUUGACUCACCGCACAAUCCAAACGUCAAUUUUCAUCGUUCUCCUGACCCCUCCACAUUCCCCGGUCCUCCUUCACAACCUGUGGCCGUAAACACGACCGAUACUUCGAUAACCCUAACUUGGAAACGUAGCGAGAAAGUGGGCGCAUCAUCCCUCAAGGGGUACACAGUUGAGUACUACAGCAGCGACCUCGAAAGUGGAUGGGUUCUGGCAGCCCAUCGAAUCCUUGCUGAAACGUACACCAUCCCAGCCUUGCGUCCCGACUCACGCUACAUCUUCAUCGUACGAGCUGAAAAUUCUCAUGGCCUCGGUGUUCCCAGCCCUGCCUCUGAAGCUAUACGAACUUUAGGAACGGCACCGCACUUUCUUCCCGAGUACAACCUUGACGAAGCACGAGCCAAGCUCAGUGCCAGUGUGGUGACCCUUCAAGACAUACGGGCCAUGAGUUCAACAGCUGUGAAGUUGAAAUGGAAGGUUCAAGGCAGCAAGGACUAUGUGGAGGGCUUUUACGUUCGGUUCCGGGACACGAGUGGCGUCUCGCAGAAGUACAACAUGGUGACCAUGCUGAACGGUGCAGCCCUCACCUAUGUACUGAACGACCUUAGGAAGUUCACAAAGUACGAAUUUUUUCUUGUGCCUUUCUACAGAAGUGUGGAAGGCCCGCCCAGCAAUUCAAGAAGUGUUCAAACGCUUGAAGAUGUGCCAACAGCCCCACCCGACAGUGUGGAGGUCCAUGUUCUCAACAGCACAACUGCGACUAUAUUCUGGUCUCCUCCAUCUCCUCGGCAUCGCAAUGGAAGACUCAGAGGAUACAAUGUGUACGUGAAUGGAAAUCCCUCUGGACUUCGUUUCAAUCAAAGCACAAACUUCACGACCAACAACCUAACAUUAAGCAACCUGAAGACAGGAGCCAUAUAUGAAGCACGCGUGGUUGCCGUGACUACUGCUGGUGAAGGACCAGCCAGCAGCCCCAUCCACUUCAAGAUGGAAAGCCCAACGUCCUCAACAACACUUUCUACUCCCUUUCAAAACCUCAUGACACAGGCAUGGUUCAUUGCACUUUUUGGAUUCUUGCUGCUGGCAGCAGUCACAAUCUUCGUGAUACUUCUAAUACGGAAAAGACGGCUGGAACACGCAAAGACAAUUAUAACAGCUCCAGUACAUAAGCAAGAAGACAUAAGAAAUUGCUUCAAUUCCUUCUCUAGUCCUGGGGGCCUGGGCCCUCACGAACCCUUGUGGAUUGACCAUAGUGCCUGGACAGCUUCUGACUCAUCUAAGGAGCCCUUCUGUGAAACAAAGGCUGUUAACAAGAUGAGCGAUGUUUUGAAUGAUCUUAACUAUUCUAGUGUCUACGCGCCUUUAAACUGUGGCAUCAAUGCCUCAGACUAUGCAGAAGUGGACGCUUACAACAUGACAUCCUUCUACAGAAAGGACAUUCCUUCUAUCCCAGAGCCUUAUGCUACUACGGCGCUCAUAAAUACUUCAUUCCAGAAGAGCUUAAACGGUUCAGCUAAAGAUAGUCGCAGUGGAAGCUCAGUAGAAGAAAGAAGCCGGACAUCAGAAAAGGUUUUUGAUCUGGAACUGAAGCGAACAAGUGAAGGCCAGCUCUUGGAAUUGGACAAGCUUGCUAGUCCAACCAGUGACUCAGGGAGUUACACAACAGAGGAGUACGGGAUGCCUGUAAAAAAAAGUCGCCAAACGUUUUCGCGGGGACAAGCCACUUCCAAAAGACCUCUGAUGAAUUGGUCCGAAAUCAUUCCUCCACCGCCUCAGAAGCCACCCAGUGAAGUUGGUUCUCAACUAAAUACUCCUGCAUCCCUCAGAAGGACAUCACCUCACAAUGCACAGCUCACACAGAGCCUGCAGCCAAGUGUAGUUCAGCCAUCCAACAAUCUGAGAGAAGCACAGGGCACUCAGCGACGCCCAGCGCUUUCACCUAAUGGUUCCCUAGAACAAGCCAGCAACAGUCUAGGGAGCCUCUAUGCAGACCCCUACCAAGGGGGCCCUCCCUUCCAGCCCAUGGCAACAAAAUCUCUCCUGAAGCCCUUACUACCACAGCAGAUACAGCAGCGCCAGCAAUAUCAACAACAGAUAUUCAGCAACCCGUUUAUGGACCGAGGUGUCCAGUCAUCAUUGCCUUCGCUCAUCAGCGAGCCCACAUCUUUAAACCCUCUCAUCGAGCUAUCAGGUACACGGCUAUCCACUCUUCAAGGUCAGAACUGUCGUUCGAUGUUUGCCAAAGUUAUCUGUUGUACAGUGUUGCAGCAGUGUUUUCAUAAAAGCAGGAUCAUGAGUCGCCAUCGAACUUACGAAAAAGAAAGGAAGUUUGUGUUGGAAUCUCUCCAACACUUCGGCCACAUCUACCAGCCAGCAGAUGCAGAGUCUGAUGCAGAGGAUGCGUCACAGCCACAGUCAUUGGAGUCUAGUGUUGCGGGGGACACAGAUUAUGCACCAAGCCACACACCAUCCUGGGCCAGCACGACGGAGCAGAGCAACAGCUCUUGUACAAGCGGCUGUUCUAGCGGCGCAAGUUCCUAUGACGACUCUGUCUAUAAUAAGGGGGACUUCGCAAGUGCAGUAAUGCGGGCAGCGCAGAAUGCAGGGUUUCAAGUCAAUGGCUCGGUCAUCUCUGCAGCAGCUCCGAGAGCAGUGCAAGGGGCGCCGUACAAGCAGCAAAGCUUCCCAAUAUAUGACGACCCUCCUGACAUGGUGACGCCUCCAAGCAGAUCAGGGAAGCAGAGCUGGAAAGUUGUCAGUUGAGAGGAUGUCAUUCCUAACCUUGCAACUUAAAGAGCAUGCCUAUAGGUUUUUGUGACAAUAAAAAGGCUAACAGCGCCUCAGGCAGGACAUAAGAAUUGCCAAGUGAGACCCUGCUUCAAACGGAUGCAAAGACGAAAAGAGCCGGGGAAAAGAACUCCUGCUUCAACCUUGAUGUGAUUUGCUGACCAAGUUCCUUCUGUUGCUGAAAAAAAGAAGAAUCUUAAUUUAUGUGACAAGUCCACCAAAGUAUGCAAGAGGGUGAUGUGCUGUGUGCCAAACAAGGACCUGCUGUGCUGCAAUAAGCAGAAAAUUAUAGGAUGCGUCAGAAGAAAAGACAUUGUACAGUGUGCGUUCACGAGAUGUGCGAGUGAAUGAGUGUGUGCAUGUGUAUGGUAAGUGUAAAAAGGUAUGAGAGUAUCUGUAUAAAUGUACAUGCACAAACACAAACACAGUUAGUGCACAAUGGCAGACAUUGUUAGUGCCUGGCACAAUCUUACUCAGCUGCCACAUC